UUUUCAAAAUUUUUCAUGUAAACCUAAAAAUGUUAAAUAAGAAAGUAAAUUUAAGUAUAUUCAAAUGUUUAUAGUCAUGAGUUAUAUUUUAUAUGAUUCAACAGAAAAUUGUUUUUAUUCUAUUCUAUUACUAUGCCACAUUUGCAGUGCGUGAACGCAGGGCUUUCUAUGCUUUCUAUGCGGUUUCUUUUCAUUAAUAUUGUUGAUGAAGCAAGAGAUGUUUCAACAAAAGAGAAAAUGUCUGUUUGGGUCAGAUACACAAACAAAACUAAACUGUUGGAACGAUUUUUGGGCUUUGUUGAGUUAACCGAGUUGUCAGCAAAGUCUCUCUUUUCGGAGAUAUCACAAUUUUUGGAAAACAGUGGUUUGAAUAUUAAAAGGUUCGUCGGCCAGGCAUACGAUGGUGCUUCAGUUAUGAGUGGCCAUUUGACCGGAGUGAAUGUUUUGGUGAGAGAAGUAGCCGAAAAUCCGUGUGUUUAUGUUCAUUGUUAUGCACAUAGGUUAAAUUUGAUUUUGGUAGACAUGGCUAAAAAUGUGAAGUUAGUUGAUGAUAUGUUAGGAUUACUAGAGGAAAUUUAUGCUUUCCAGUCAGCUUCUACUCUGAGACACCAAAAAUUCAGGGAUGCUCAAGAAAGGGAAGAUCCAAAGAAACGAAUUUUUGAAAUGCCACAGCAAAGUGACACUCGGUGGGUGAGCAAGUACAAGGGAGUCAUGUACUUCGAAAAUAAUUUCUUGGCUGUUUUAUCAGUUUUAGAUAGUUUUACCACCUCUUCUAAUAAAAUGGAAGCUGCCUCUGCUAAAGGGUUUCUGAUGCAACUGAAAGAAUUUGACGUUAUUUUCGCCCAUCAUUUUCUAGGGGACAUGAAUGAGGAUGUGCAACUCCCGUGUGCCAAUGCCGAACUGCUAGUUGAACAUGAAGAGAAAAAUUCAAUGACUUCUGCUGAAAAAUUAUUAUUCUCAAUGGACCUAUCACAGAUUCUAGAUCAUGAGGAAGAAAUAGCUGAUUUCUUCGUGCAUGCACAACCAAACACAUCACAGGAUAUUGUUAUUAAUAAUCAAGAUGGACAACUUGACAAAUCAGAACAGCAGACUUCAACACCGCUAGUAACAGCAAUGGAAGAAAAAACUAUUGCUUCAUCAGAAAGUGACUGUGACAACUCAGAUGAGGAUACUAACUAUGAGGGUAACUCUGAUUCAAGUAGCAUUAGCAAUGACAGUAAUACAG